UCUGAAGGCGCUACGCGUGAUAAUCGUUACGGAAGAGGGUGGUACUUCUCUCUCUUUCUCUGUCUCUCUGCCACUUUUCGUGCUCUGCAAGCUUCAUCAUUGCUAUUUUCUUCGUUCAUUUCUCGUCUUCUCUCUCCGGAUUGAAAUAGAGUUCAAUGGCGAAGGAAGUUUCCAAUGGGGAUCACAAUUCAGUUACGAAGCCGCCACCGACGCCGUCUCCUCUGCGAAAUUCUAAGUUUUUCCAGUCCAAUAUGAGAAUUUUGGUCACGGGAGGGGCUGGAUUCAUUGGCUCUCACCUUGUAGACAAAUUGAUGCAGAAUGAGAAGAAUGAGGUGAUUGUUGCUGAUAACUACUUCACUGGAUCGAAAGAUAACCUGAGGAAAUGGAUUGGUCAUCCAAGAUUUGAGCUUAUUCGUCAUGAUGUUACUGAGCCAUUGUUGAUUGAGGUUGAUCAAAUAUACCAUCUUGCUUGUCCUGCAUCACCAAUUUUCUACAAGUACAAUCCUGUGAAGACAAUAAAGACAAAUGUGAUUGGCACCUUGAACAUGUUGGGGCUUGCCAAGAGAGUUGGAGCAAGGAUUUUGCUCACGUCAACUUCAGAGGUGUAUGGUGAUCCUCUUGUGCAUCCACAGGAAGAGAGCUACUGGGGCAAUGUCAAUCCGAUAGGAGUCAGGAGUUGCUAUGAUGAGGGAAAGCGAGUGGCUGAAACUCUGAUGUUUGAUUAUCACAGGCAGCAUGGAAUAGAGAUACGGAUUGCCAGGAUAUUCAAUACUUAUGGACCCCGAAUGAAUAUUGAUGACGGGCGUGUUGUCAGCAAUUUCAUUGCUCAAGCAAUUCGUGGUGAAUCCUUGACUGUUCAAGCUCCUGGAACACAAACUCGGAGUUUUUGUUACGUGUCUGACAUGGUUGAUGGACUUGUUCGACUCAUGGAAGGAGACAACACAGGCCCCAUCAACAUCGGGAAUCCAGGUGAAUUUACAAUGCUCGAACUUGCUGAGACAGUGAAGGAGCUUAUCAACCCUAAGGUUGAGAUCAGCAUGGUGGAAAACACACCAGACGAUCCUCGCCAGAGGAAGCCAGACAUCACAAAGGCAAAGGAGUUGCUGGGAUGGGAACCGAACGUCAAGUUGCGUGAAGGCCUUCCCCUCAUGGAGGAGGAUUUCAGGCUGAGGCUUGGAGUGGCAAAAAAUUGAAAUCUAUUAUAGUGAAAAUGUAGCUGGCUGCAGGCAGAUCUGUUUUCCCAGUUACAUCAGAGCGCUUCCUGAUCUUCCCUCCAUGUUUUCCUCCAUUUUCCUAUAUAUUGUCAUAUAGAAUAAAUGGGACCAGUGGGCUUUUCAUUUGUUAUGAAGUUAUCAUAUAAACAGAGGAAUAUUUUCUCAAGUUCGGCAGUCCGCAGUCAAGAGUGUUAUUAAGUAUAUCUAAUUAUAUAUAAAUAUAACUACAUAUAUUCAAGAAACGAUUUGUUUGCGGCUUAGAAGCGUGA